AAACAUACGUCUCCCAUUCUAAUGAUUUCCAAACGCUUUCAAUCACUUGUUUUGUACUCAAAAUCUACCUGGGUUUUACAAGUUUCCUUCUCUCCUUUGUGCUCUUCUUGUGUUUAAAUACCACAAAUCUCUUGAGCAAGACCACUACACUUUUUGGGUGCUUAGACAUUGAUAGAAAUGGGACACACAAGGGCAAGCAUGUCGACCAUGAUGGUGAUGGCUGUGCUCGUCGGGCUCAUUGUGGACCAGGGCUCUUGUAAGGUCGUCCAAUUCAUCUUCGGCGAUUCAUUGUCAGAAGUCGGGAACAACAACCGUCUCAGUAGGAGCCUGGCUCAGGCAGCUCUCCCAUGGUAUGGGAUUGAUUUCGGUGAUGGAAUGCCCAAUGGGAGGUUUACGAAUGGUCGCACCGUUGCCGAUAUAAUAGGUGACAAGAUGGGCCUUCCAAGACCACCAGCAUUUCUAGAUCCAGCCGUAGACGAGGAUGCGAUAUUACAAAAUGGACUGAAUUAUGCCUCUGGGGGUGGUGGGAUCUUGAAUGAGACUGGACAGUUAUUUAAUCAAAGAUUUUCACUCUCCAAGCAAAUCGAGUUGUUUCAAGGAACACAAGUGCUGAUAAGGAAUAAGAUUGGUAAACAAGAAGCUGAGAAAUUCUUCCAAGAAGCUCGAUACGUUGUCGCAUUGGGUAGCAAUGACUUCAUCAACAAUUUCCUGCUACCUGUUUACGCCGAUUCAUGGAGCUACACUGCAUCAGGAUUCAUUAACCUUCUCAUGACAACACUACAACAGCAACUAAAGCUAUUGUACACUUUAGGUGCUCGGAAGUUGAUGUUUUUUGGGCUCGGGCCCAUGGGGUGCAUUCCCUUGCAGCGUGUCCUAAGUUCCUCUGGCGAUUGCCAGGAGAGCACAAACAAACUGGCACUUGGUUUCAACAAAGCUGGGAAUCAGCUCUUGGAAGGCCUAUCAAGCCACCUUCCUAAUGCAAGCUUCAAAUUUGGAGAUGCUUACGAUGUCGUCAACGAUGUAAUUAGCAACCCAUAUGAACAUGGUUUCAACAACUCAGAUGCACCAUGUUGCUCCUUGGGACGGAUUCGACCGGCAUUGACAUGCACCCCUGCAUCAAGCCUGUGCACAGAUAGAAGCAAGUACGUGUUUUGGGACGAGUAUCACCCGUCGGACCAAGCAAAUGAGAUAAUUGCUAAUGAGAUUAUUAGAAAACUAGGGUUUUUGAAAAAUAAUGAAACAGAUGCUCCAGCAAGUGCACCAGCAGGUGCACCAGCACUUGCUCCCUCUCCAGCGUAGUGGGUCAUGGCACUGUAGUUUUAUCGAGGGAUGUUGUAGCUUAUGUGUUCUUUCCAUGAUUUCGAAGUUUAUAUAUGUAUACAAUUGAGUACAACUCUCAAAUUCAAGUAAGUCUCAUAUAAAUUCAAUGGUCGUAUA